AUGUCUCGUAGGACGCGUUCGCAAACCGGGAAGCUGCCGCCUCCUCGGUUGUCGGCCGACAACGCUGAGAGUAGCCAAGUGUCGACAGUGGCGAUCGGUGCUACGCCAACAGAACCACGGCAAAACGACGAUUCACUUGAGGAUGAUGAUGACCCUCCUCCAGCAAAGCGAGCGAGAAAGCGACCGCAAGUGGACAACACGAAGACAGUAAAGAAAACAGGAGGGAGAAGGAAAAAUGCAGGCCGUUUGAGUAUUCUACCUAAUAUGUCUCUGGACAUACUUCUUGAGAUUUUUGGUCAUCUCGCGCCUGCAGAUCUGCUCAGCCUUUCGCGCGUCUCAAGCUCGUUUCAGAAGCUGCUCCUCGACUCUAGCUCCCUGUUUCUGUGGAAAGCUGCAUUCGGGAAUGUUCCUGGAUUACCUGCACCUCCCGAAGAUGUGUCCUUAAUAGAGUGGACAAAUUUAGUAUUUGGGGGCAUAUUGUGUCAUCUCUGUCGCAACAAACGAGUUCUGAAGGUGGACUUUAUGCUUCGCCGUCGUGUGUGCGGUGAUUGCCUGAACCAACACCUGUGUCUGUCUAUUCAGGAAGAAGUCUAUGAGAAAGCUCCGAAUUCUGCCGAGUUCAUAGAUUAUGUACCAUACACCAUGAUACGCUCCAAGGAAGGGCCCCGCCGCGUCUGGUGGGACGAGGACCUGAUAACGUUUGAAGACAACCUGAAGUCGAUCUGUCUCAUCAGUCUGACCGAGCAAGGCAAUAGGAAUGAAGCUCUCGAUCAGUUUUUGGAGGACAGGAAAACAGAAUUGGAACGUAGAAAGACAGUCGCAAUUUUGUGGAAUGCAUGGGUUGAAGAAGGCGCGACACACAGAGCGGCUGAUAGGCAGGAAAAGAAGAACAAGCGCAAGUCAGAAUUUUUGAAACACUGUGUCGCUCUCGGAUACGAGGAGAGAGACUGCUGGAAAGUCAUGCAGAUGAAGUCAGUGAAUAACGAGACUCGUUUCACUGAGCAAGCUUGGGAGUCUCAUCUUCCAACCAUACGUCCUAUGUUAGAAGAGACUAAGGCCUUUCGAUUGUCCCGCGAGCUUGACAAGCGGCGUCGGACCCGUUCAGGCAUGGUCAACAAAGUGUACCGUGAACUGGUCAAGGCUAUAUUGCCCGAUCCGCUCACAUUUGCCUGCCUCCCGAACUCUUCCGAAUUUUCCACCUUACCGAAAAUGCGCAAUCUCAUCGACGACGAUACGGAGGCGCAUGACGAACGGCGAGCGCUUAUUCAAACAGAGGGCGAGAAACUGCGACCUUUGCUCUCAAGCCUGGAAGCACAGCGUAGGGCAGCGAUCAUCGCCCGAAUGCCUUCCAAAGCGAUCCCACCAGGAUUCGAUCCCGCUCUUUUGCAAGAUCUGCCGCCAUGGCAAUCGACUCUGCCUCCCGCUUAUGCCGCCUUUGAGCUAGCAACCUCUGUUUUCCGUUGCGGUGGACAGCUUCCACAUGACCGUUCAAUAUUCAGGUCUAGGAAGGGACUGGAGAAGGCCAUAUUCGGCUUGAAGGUCUUCGCUCAUAAAUGCCAACACUGCAAACGUUUCGAGGCAGACGAGCUCGUUACCUCCAGCUUACCCGUGUUUGAUGACUAUGGGAGGAGAAUUGUCCUUGCCAUUUUGGAGCGACUCAGUCUGGACUCGAGCCGGACGACGGCCGCUGAUCUCGAUCGACUGGAUGCCAGGUUUCUCUGCCUCAAUUGUCCUGUACAGCACGAACAUGAAGGGUACCACCGCCGGCGAGGUAAAAGGGGGCGAGCAGCACUAACCUGGCGAGAAUUGUUGGAGCAUACUUUGUCUGAAAACGAGAAGUGUGCUGAAUCUCAUAUGGAGCCUCUCUUCACCGUAAUGGACGACACAGUGGCUACCGAGAUCAGGCUGCGUGAGCAGAGCAGUGACUUGUAUGGGUUCGAGAUGUGGGGUCCAUGGGGGUGCUCACAUUGCCACCACCAUAUUGAGCAGAUGGGAGGAGAUAUAGUAGAAUGCUGGCUGAGGCGCCCCGAAAUUGAGCAACACUUGAAAGACGCGCAUGAUAUGGACAAUCCUAUGAUAUAUCGAGAUUUCUUCCAUCAUCCUCGAUGGGGUCACCCUGACCCCCACCUCAGACCUCUCUGGCACGUCAUGGAGGGGUAA